AUGGUUGAUGCCCUUGUUUCCAAUGUCAUCAAGCAAUUGGCCACCAUCAUCCAAAAGGAGUUUGAACUGUUAGUGGAUGUGAAAAAGGACGUCGAGAAGCUCUUCCUUACUUUUACAAGAAUCCAAGUGGUGCUUAAGGAUGCUGAAAAGAGGCAAAUUAUAGAAGAUCCAGUACGUCUUUGGUUACAAAAUCUGAAAGAUGUAUCCUAUGACAUUGAUGAUGUGUUAGAUGAGUGGAGUACUGAAAUUCUUAAAUCAUCACUAGUAGAGGGAGUUGAUGAUGAUGUUGAUGAUGAUGAUGAUGGUCGCAUCAGCCCGACUAGCAGGGAGGUAUGCCCUGACAAUUUAUUUUCCUCUUGCUUGGAAUGCCCUGCCAACUUGUUUUCUUCUUGCUUUUCUUUCAAACAAAUCGGUUUCCGCCAUGACAUUGGUCAAAGGAUGAAGGAGAUUAAUGAAAGAUUAGAUUUUAUUGCAAGUUUGCAGAAUACAUUUGGUUUUAUUAAAACUGCUAAAAAUGACAUUAUAGAUGAGCCAAAGUGUCUAGAAACUAGCUCCGUCGUUGAUGUCUCAGAGGUGUUUGGUCGUGACAUGGAUAAAGAUAUCAUAAUAAGCAAGUUGAUAAGUGAGGGCAGUAGUACUCAACAAGAUCAAAUGGUUUCUGAUCAUGUCCCCCCCAUGAUAAUCUCCAUUGUAGGCAUGCCUGGUUUGGGCAAAACAACACUUGCCCAACUCACCUUCAAUGAUGAGAGGGUGAAGAACCAUUUUGAUAAGAGAAUAUGGGUACAUGUGUCUAAACCUUUUGAUAAAAAGAAGGUUGCCAUGCGUAUUAUUGAAGAAAUCGGUGGUGAGGGGAACAAUGUUGUCUCACAAGGUGGAGGGGGUAGUGGUCAUCAUAUUGCAUGGGAAGUUGUGCAUCGUCAAUUGACUACUUCUAUCCAAGGAAAUCAAUUCCUACUCAUCUUAGAUGAUGUGUGGACUGAGGAUCGUAGUUUGUGGGAUCCAUUGUGGCUUUCCCUCAGAUGCAGUUCUCAAGGAAGUAGAAUUAUUGUUACGACACGAAACGAGAGGGUUACCAUCAUGAUGGGCACAACAUAUGUCCACAGUUUAGGAUUAUUGUCUGAUGAAAACUGUUGGUCAUUGUUGAGACGUUAUGCUUUUGAUGGAAGGCAAGAUAAAGAGUGCGAGAAAUUAAAAGAAAUUGGCAUGGAACUCGCAAAAAAGUGUAACGGAUUGCCUCUUUCAGCAAAGACCCUAGGAAGUUUGUUGCGUUUCAAACAGUCAAAACAGGACUAG